UUUCUUUGCGAUCAUGGGAGGCUUCGUGCUGUACGAUAACGACGUCCCUGUUUGAGUCCUCUACACAGAAGACUCCGAACCCAGUCCCGAUUUCCCCGAUGUUACAAAGGUCGAAAUACAGGACAGGAGUAAGGGAGACGUGCUAUCCAAAGGGCUGGCGAUAGUUCAGACCAGCUGGUUCACAUAGCAGCGUGUAGGACGAGCAGCUGAGCGUCUUCCGAUCGCGGAGCUUGACAUUGCGAGCUUGACAUAUGCGGUGCUCAAUUUGGGGACGUAUGUGCUAUGGUGGGACAAGCCCCUCAACAUCUUGCGCCCAAUUCGUGUGUACAGGAAGGGCCAUGGUGAGCGAGUGGGUAGCGACCAGGGCUAAAUCUCCGCUGGAGGACAGGAAGAGAGUUUGGCCUCGCCGUCGGAGGAUGGCGGAGUUUUUUUGUUAUUGUCUGGAGACGGCGAAGACAUCUGGGUUCCGAUAAAAUCGCUGCCUGUUCCAUUGAGGUGGAUCGAAUUCAAGAAAAAGGUCGUCAAGCUGGUGAAGGCGACCUUUGAAGCCUUUAUCGUGAUUGUCGUUACGACUGUGAUGAUGGACCUCCGUGAAUGGAAUCCAAAGCCAAUGACCAGAGUUGCUACGUUUCAUUCUGGGCGGGACGGUCCCGACAGCACGCUUGAAUUACGUGUCCGUGCUCUAUUGAUGACGGGGGUCGCAUUUGUCUUUGGGGCCAUCCACGGUAUUGCCUGGUCUUUUGAUUUCCCGACCACUGCAGAACGAACAGUGUGGGGGAUCUCUUCCAUCAUAACAAUGUGUGCGCCGGUUCUAAUAGCAUCGUGGUACGCAAACCAUUGGCUUGGUCGUAGGAUAAGUUCAGCGUGGAGAUGGCUUACACAGAAGACGGGUCUUGCUCUUCCCAUAGCGAUGUGUUUACUGUACCUCUUCUCUCGGCUUGCAUUAUUGGUCGAGGCUUUUACUACUCUGAGGUCGCUUCCUAAUGGAGCGUAUCAAACUGUGAUUUGGACGACUUUCAUACCUCACCUAUAACUCGUCUGAUUACUGGACAUGGCUUCAGCUUGUAUUAUCUGCUGUAGUACUCACUUCGAACACGCUUGUUAUACGAGGU